UAAUAUGCCCAGGCCCAGCCACAUUCCUGUGUGUGUUUUGACCAUAUCCCAAUGUCAGUGACCAGUGUCUAGACUCAAGUAGUACAUAUACUCUAGCUUGUUAUGAUGGGCCUGUUGGACAGGAGACUCCUCUUCUCCUGCUUUCUUGUCGGUAUCGUCGCUAUAAUUUUUCUACAAGGGGCAGAAGCCAGAAGCAGACGCAGUAUCGAUGGGCGAAUGGUGUUCGAUCGUUAUAAUAUAAGGUUGACCAGUGGUGGCCACCAUGGCAGCUACUACAGAGGGUCUGAAAAAAUGCAAUGGUCCUGGUUGAGAUUCAUACUCAUUAUCUUGAGCCUGUUUGGGAUAGGCAUUUUUGGUGUGCUGGCGUACUUCUACUGUUGCUACGAUCACAACCCAGAAAUAAACAAGGAUGCGGCCAGGGUUGCCAAUUUCCUGAAGCAUCAAGAGGAGCAGCGAAACAGAGGCUUAUCCACCAUCGUCCACCAGCCCGUCACCUACCGGAGCCCAGACAACAAGCCGCCCUCAGCCCCGGCAAUGACGCAGCAACCUAAACGUCGGAUGUCCGACGUACCCUCCUUCGCGCCACCGGACUUUGCGUCCGCCACCGCACCACUCCUUCCACCGGGAGUUCAGCCAGUGGAUUCCUCGACUUACCCGCCGCCUGGAGAACCAACCCUGUCCUCCUCCGCCACACACAUGACGUCACCACAGAACGGCUUCAUAAUUCCGCCCCAAGAUCCAGCGAAUGCGAGUGUACACUUUGGAGGACGAGUAGAAGUGGUGUGACGGUAACCGCUCAGCCUCUUGAGAAAAAUAUUGUGCAUAGCACUUCUCAUCAUAUAAAUGAAGUAUAUUGCGGUUUGAGGUUUCAUUUGCAGCCGUGCAUGUUGAGUUAUUAACUGAAACUUUGAGACACUAAAUGUUUUUUAUAUGUUUUAACGGGCAGUUUUUGGUGCUUUUCCCUGUCUAUUUUCUAGUAUUGUGAAGGGUGCAUACUGAUAUUUUAUUGUGUUACUUGAAAAUUGAGAACUUCAACUCAAUGACAAUGCCUCGGAAAAAAUAUGUGUUCGAAUGAAAUGAAAAAGUGGGAAAAAUUAAUAUAUUUAACAAGGAAUAUAAAAGCUAUCAUUGUGAUAAAAAUUAAUGUGUAAUACAAUUUUCACGCUUAACAAAAUUGUGAACGAUGUAUUUAAUUCAGAUAUUUCUUACAAAACAGUUUACGCAGAUUAGAAGCUGAAAUAAUUGUUUUCACAGCAUUAAUAAUGCGAUUCUGAGCUGUUGAAUAUUGGCAGUAACUUUGCAGGCUCUAUAAUUGGUCUUAAAUAAUAUACAAUGCGUUUUGACCAAAAAGGCUGACAAAAAAUGGAUUAAAUCCAUGCUCUAAUCCUCUCUCUAAAAAAUCUCUAGAUUAGAGAUCUCAGCCGCGAGAUUAAAGGCGGUAGCUUGCGGGACCGCCGUAGCUGAAUUUUUAACCAGCAAUUUUCACCGGCGGCUGGCGCCUAUGACAAUAUUAUAAACUUGAAAGUUUGAUAGUGAUUAACGACCCGAAGAUAUUUUUCUCUUGCAUAUUUUCAUUUUAGACCCUUUUUGCCGGUGGCUGGUGUGACUGGCGCAGCUUAUUGUUGGCCAGAUUCACUGCGGAUGCCAGAGUGACACAAAAUUGGCCGACUGGCGUGGCGCAGCGCGCCUGGCUGAGACCUCUACUCUAGAUCUUAGAAAUGCAAACAAUGAAUUCAAGUCUUAAAGACGAUACAUUUCUGCAUUUAUUACAAGAAUAAAAAGUAAUAAAAAUUAUGUUCCCGUCCACAACGAUGCUGGUGAAUCAGCAGGUCCAGAAAAUGAUAAAAAAUACAAAUACUUUUAUAAUAUUGGACAUGUUUUAAUAUAUUAAUUGUCGUUCAAAAAUCAAGCAAGUGAUCAGUGAACAACAAUAAACUCCAAAUUAUUAUGCUUUUCGGCAUUACAAAAAAAAAAAAUGAAAUGAAUUUCACCAGCGUUCCGUGAUUUCAGAAACAUUUUUAGCCUGCAAAUUUAAAAGUCGCGUAUCUACACAAAGGUUUGACCUGGUAGUCUUUCGCCGAUAUAAAAAAUAGUAGCCACCGACAGACAAAAUAUAUUUACUGUAUCGCUUAUAAGUGUGGGCCUAUAUUCUUAUAUCUAAUUGUAAAAAUAACAGAUCAAGACGUUGUGUCUCUUUUGGUGCCGCUUCAGUGCAUAAUAUAAAAUUAGGAGACUUCAUUUGCUAGAACAUUAACAUCCGAGUUGAUAAAUAUUUAAGCUUUUUUGAGACUUUGGAGUAAUGCAUGCAUUUUUUGGACUUGUUGUGUAAAUUGUUACACUUGUAGGAAAUUGACCAAUAUUUUGGUUUAGAAUACAAGAGAAAUAUACUGAAAAUUUAAUGCUCCGUUAAACUUGUAGAAUGGUUUUCCAACUUAAAUCCAUAAUUUCACAUACUCAGCUGCCGAUACUGUACUGUGUGCUGGCCAAAGCCAAAGCACGCACUGUUCUGUAAGAGUUUUUAAUGAUUGGAAAAUCCUUGUUCAAAAGCUCUCUAAACAAAAGAAAACAUAAAUUGAUUUUGUAAGUUGUAAACAAUAUUUUUAUAAUUAUAUCGUAAAUUAAUAAUUUCAUUUUUGACUUUAUCUAACGCUACUUUUGUAGAGGCAAAUAAUGAUCGACUACUUUUUAGACAAAGCAGAUUGCUCCCAAUAUUCAGUUUUCUGUUACGCUUAUUGAUAGAUAAGCCUUCACUCUCUACUCGCUUCAGAAAAAAACUGCAAUAAUGUGCUCUGAUACGAUAUAAAAAGAAUCAACAAUGAACUUAAAGCAAUCAUUAAAUGAAAUUAUAAAGUCAUACAAACUGGCCGAUAGCCUUAAUAUAAAUACUAUACUAUAUGAACUAUCAAAGAAUUCAUACAGCGACGAAAAAAUGGAGCACAAAAUGAAGAAAGAAAUAUAAAUAAGAGUGAUAUCUCUUCAGGUUGAAUGACUUCUUUAUGUGCAUCUUAAUUUAUUAAAAUCAGUACGUGUUUAAGUUUUAAAAACGAAUAAACACGCCUUUAUAGGACAAACUAUAUGAUGAUUCAAUAAAAAACCACUGAUUCAAUUUUGCACAUUAUUUUAUUUAAUAAGAUUUACGUGUUGCACCGUUGCCACUUAUGCGUGCUUUAUAGAGUGUACGAUUCACUCUAUUCACUUUAGGUUAAAAAUUGUGAUUUUACUUUCGGUAACAAAAAUCCGCGCAAAAUGUUUGACGUAUUUAAAAUUCAAUCUGUAAAAAACUGUUUUUAAUCAAAUAAAGAAAACAUAAAAUUUAACAA